CUCAACUCCUGGCGCUGUUGGUUGCAGCUCUUUGAAAUAUGCGGUUACUAGCCACUGGCCGAGCCCUGCGUGCCAGCAGCAGCUGGUGGGCACUUAACCACUCCACCCGGAGGACCCUACGGAUCCCGCUUUCACACCUCCCAACGCCGUUGACCAUCGCGCGGCGCGAAUGGAGUUGCACGGCCGUUCGCGGGACGAACGAGAAACCUACCGAUGUCAUCAAAGGCUCGAUCACUGGCGCGUCUGCGACGCAGCAACUGGCGGCUAAGGAUUCUGCCUACGACUCCGACGAAUGGACCAAUACCACCGACACCAUCCUCUCGCACGUCGGCCGCCGGCUAUAUCUGGAUGAGAACCACCCUCUUGCUAUCACGCGCCAGCUGAUCGAGAGCCAAUUCCCUCGUCCCACCUUCGGCAACUACACCGAGGAGAAUCCCGUCGUGACCACGGCCGAGAACUUCGAUGUCCUGGGUUUCCCAGCGGAUCACCCGGGCCGCAGCCGCACCGACACCUACUACCUUAACAAAAAGCUGGUCCUCCGGACGCAUACGAGCGCACACCAACAGGCGUACUUCCAGCAAAUCAGCCGCAACGAGAGCACCCGGCCGGAGGAAGUGGGCUACACUGUGGUGGCGGACGUGUAUCGGAGGGAUGCGAUAGAUCGCAGCCAUUACCCGGUCUUUCACCAGAUGGAGGGAGCCAUGCUGUGGAAGCGACCCGACCAGGACCCCCUCAAGUAUGCCAGCGAGACCGCGGCCCUGAUCCGCGAGGACGUCGAGCGCAUUCCAGCGCAUGACGUGGUCGUCGAGGAUCGGAACCCGACCGUUCACCCAGAACGAAACCCCCUGCAGGCGGAGUUCCACAGCGCCGAGGAGGUCGAGGAGGUUGCUGCACACCUCAAGCGGUCCCUGGAGCGCAUGGUCAUCAAAAUCUUCACGGAGGCCAGCAAGGCCGCUGCCGGGGCCGAGGAGGAGACCGAGCCCCUCAAGGUCCGCUGGGUGGAGGCGUACUUCCCGUUCACGAGCCCUUCGUGGGAGCUAGAGGUGUUCUGGCAGGGCGACUGGCUGGAGGUGUUGGGCUGCGGUGUGAUCAAGCAGGAGCUGUUAAACAAUUCAGACGUGCCCAACCGCAUGGGCUGGGCGUUUGGCAUUGGCUUGGAACGCAUCGCCAUGCUUCUCUUUAACAUUCCCGACAUCCGGCUGUUCUGGUCUCGGGACGAGCGUUUCCUGUCCCAAUUCAAGGCUGGCCAGAUCACCCGCUUCAAGCCCUUCUCCAAGUACCCCGCUUGCUACAAGGAUGUCGCUUUCUGGCUGCCCUCGGGGGCUGCCAGCGGCGGAAGUGCGGCGGGCGGCGCGAUGCCCGUGCACGAGAAUGAUAUCAUGGAGCUAGUUCGUGGGGUUGCGGGGGACCUGGUAGAGGAUGUGCGUCUGGUGGACGAAUUCACUCACCCCAAGACAAAGCGGAAGAGCAUGUGCUACCGGAUCAACUACCGGAGUCUGGAACGCACGCUCACCAACACGGAGGCUAACGAUCUACACGAUAUGCUUCGUCAGAAGCUCGUUGAUCAAUUGGGUGUGGAGCUGCGGUAGUCUGUAAUUGUAUACGAGGGGGCCGGAUUUGGUGGUAAUGCAUAGAUUGGGGGCCUGAUGACGGCAGGGCAUUGGAUGCGUGUAUGAUAGUGUGUAUAUAAGAGCUUGGCUCUUGGCAAAU